AUGGCAGGUCACUUGAGUGCCAGCACGUGGCUUUCUCUGCUGCUGUGUGCCUUGCUCUGGGGAGUGCUGCGGUUGCUUCCAGACUGGCAGAGCCUGCCCCCAAGCGAUGCCUUCAUCUUCAUCACCGGCUGUGACUCAGGUUUCAGGCGGCUUCUGGCACUACAACUGGACCAGCAGGGCUUCUGAGUCCUGGCCAGCUGCCUAACCCCCUCAGAGACUGAGGACCUACAGACGGUGGCCUUCUCCCGCCUCCACAACAUUCUGCUGGAUGUUACUGAACCUCAUGUCCUGUGGGCAGCCAAGUGGGUAAAGACACAGGUUGGAGAAGCAGGGCCAUUGGAUGCCUCACCUAUCCUGUGUUGUCUGAAAAAUGCUGGUGUGGCUGGUAUUAUUGGACCCACACCAUGGCUGACAUGGCAUGAUUUCCACUGGGCGCUGAGUGUGAACAUCCUGGUUCCCAUCAGGGUCACCCUUGCCCUGCUGCCUGUGACACAGGCCUGUGGCUGGGUGUUCUACAUCACCAGCAUCCUGAGCCGCCUGGCAGCCAAUGGUGAUGACUACUGUGUCUCCAAGUUUGGCCUGGAGGCCUUCUCGGACAGCGGACAGUGAGAUGUGACUCCUUUUGGCGUGGAUGUGGAGCCUGGCUUCUUUAGAACCACUGUAACUAGCCUGGAUUUGGAGGCUGCCCUGAAGGCCUGCUGGAUGCGAAUGCCUUCUGCCACAAAGGCCUACUAUGGAGAGGCCUUCCUUACGAAGUUCCUCAAAGUACAGCAGUGUAUCAUGAACAUGCUUUGUGAACCGGACCUAACCAAGGUGAGCAAGUGCCUGAAGCAUGCGGCUGCCCGUCACCCCCAAACCCGCUACAGCCCAGGUUGGGACGCCAAGCUACUGUGGCUGCCAACCACUUAAGUGGACACUGUGCUCACCUGGGUCCUUCCCAAGCCUGCCCAGGCAGUUUAA